AUGAAAGGAAUGCUUAUAUUGCUCUGUUUUAUGUUAGUUGUCCCUUUGUUUGCAGAAGAUGAGGUGAGCCACGCUGAGUACGAGUUGGAGGACGACAAUAAGUACGAGAAAGAAAAGGCAGAGAUCUCCGAGAAAAUUCGCGAGAAGAUCGAGAAGAAAAUUGCAAAUAAAAUUGCACUCAAAGAAGUUGCGAAGAACAGAGAGUUCGAUAGAAAGAAGGCAAAGAUCUCAAAAAAACUCAAAAAAAUUGGCGCGCGCAUAGAUGGGCUUAAGAAGAGGGUUGCUUUGUACUCGAAAACAAGAAAGAAUUUGAAAGUCAAAAUUGCAAAGAUGCUUGAAAAGAAGAAGAAUGCAAUCUUAAAAAUUAAGGAGUACAGACUAAGAAUGAAAGAAAAGAUCACAAAGAUUGAAGUGAAGGCACUCAACAAGGGUAAAAGCGUCGAUCCAGUUAAGACAAAGGCACUCCAAAAAGCACAGAGAAAACAAGCGAGACGAAUUGUCAGACGGUUCAACAGAAAGAUGAGAAUGUUGAAAAGAAAAUCCAAACACCUCGAAUCAAAGAAGGCACAACUGAGAAACAAAAUUGCACAUUUGAAAGGUGUUGCCAACGCUUUGAGAGCAAAACUCGCAAUUUUGUUAAAGAAGAAGGAUGCAUAUGCCAAGAAAAUGUUGAAGAGAAGAGAGGUAAUGCUUAAAAAGGCCUUGCGCCACAUGAAAAUAUUUGUGAUGUUGAAACAAAUAGAAAAACAUUUGAAGCACGUCGAACAACGACUUGCUGUCGAAACUGAUGACAAGAAGAGAGAGAAGCUCAACAGAAAAAGAGAAUACCUGAUGGAGAAGCAGAAGAAGCUCCUCAAGAGAAUUGAUGUUCUAAACAGAAGAAAGGCUGAAAGAAAGGCGAGAAAGGUCGAAAUGAAUAAGGUGAAGGAACAAAUGAAAACAUACCUCAAGAAGUACCACCAAGAGAAAAAGAUGAAAAAAGCCCAAUUGAGAGCUGCAAAGAGAGAAAUGAGAGCCUUAAAAAGACAAUUCAAAAAAGCUGAAAGACAAUACAACAACGCCAAAUCGCCUGAGAAGAGAGAAAGAAAGGCAACAGCGUUACAGGGUGCGAGAAGUGCUUAUUUCAAGGCAAAGAGCAUGAUCUAUAACACUAAAAAGGAUUUGAGGGAUAUGAAGAACAUUUCUAUUAUUAAGUUGCACGCGAUUGUCAGAGGACUUUUGAAGUUGAAAAUCAUUGAUGCACAGAUGAGAAUCACCGAACACAAACUGAGCAUCAAGGAGUAUGAACAGUACAAGAAGAAGGUUGUUGCACGGCUUGCUCAGUUAAAGAAGUUUGGCAAAAGACUCGACCUUUGCCCAGCGAACCAACACUUGCUCCAAAAACAAAUUAAGAAGAACAACAGAAGGCUGAGACAUGUCGCUAGAAAGAUUGCACAUUCAUACAAGGCGAUAAGGGUACAUGAAUUCCGAAUUGGUGCUAUCCACAAGAAGUUGAGGAUGUUGGCUAUUAAAGAGUACAAGCACAUGAAAAACGUUGUUGAGGAAUUGAAACAGGUAAUUAGACAGCUCAAGAUGACCAUCAGAGUGUCGAAGUUUAAGGCUGCUUGCUCUGGUUCGUUGACCAAGAAGAGAAUGUCAUUUGUUAUUAAGAAGGCCAAAAACGAGAUUAAGUCAUUAAAACUUGAACGAAAUGACUUCAAGUUGAAGAUAAAGGCUGUUGAUGAGGCUAUUGCAGAAGAGAAGAGACAAAGACUUACUGUCACUAAGAUUGAUUACCACCGAGCGAAAGCUGCUCUUGAAGAGUCAAAGCAUGGCAUUAGAAAGCUUACAAGAAAGAUUGAGAAAAACAAGGAAAAAGCUACUGCCACAAAUGAUGUCUACAAAAGAAAGCAAUUCAUGAAGAGAAACGCACAGAUUGCAGCCAAAAUUGUUAAAUUGGAUUCUAUCAACAAGACACUCAUCAACAAAGUGGGGAUUUUGAAGGUCAAAUACAACAAGAUGAAACAAGCCGAAUUGUCAGAGUUCCUUGCUAAACAAACCAAGUGGGAAAUGAAAAAGUCUAAAGUUAUUGCUGAACUCGAGAAGUUGGCAAAGAGUGACGAAAAGGUAACUCGUAAACUUCACGCUAAGAUUUGCAAAUUAAAACGUUGCCGACUCAUUUAUGGCAAAAAGGAGAACUACCUGAGAGCUCACAAGUUACAGAUAGUAUUAUUCAAAAUUAACCAGAAACUUGAGACCAUCCACGCCGAAUACGUUAGAAGAGGUGAGAUGAAGUCUUUCUCUGUUAUAAAGAGAAGAUUCAGAAAGAUACAAAAACAAUACGUCCAAGUCGAUAAGAAAUUGAAACAUUCAAGACACCAAUUGACUCGUUUAGAAAAGAAAAUCACCGCUGCUGAGCAAAAACUCCCAUAUUUGGAUGAUAAUGAGAAGAAUAUUGCCAAAGGUAUUGUGAAGACACUCGAGAAGAUCAAGAGAAAGGUUUCAAAGAACAUAAAGUAUCUUGACUUGAA